GUCAGAGCCAGCGUUAACGAUAAAAUUCGGUUUCUUUGUACUGUAACGGGCGGCUUUAUUAGUUCGAACAUGAGCUCGGGUUCAACUUGUGCUGCUGUCGGUUGUUACAACAAUACAAGAAAAUUGAAAAAUGAGUUAGAAAAAUUUUGCUUCGAACAUCAUCAAAUACGAAAGGUUUGUCCGUGCCCAGCGCCCUACGCACUGCACUCUAUGCCGAGGAAGGAGGAUCGGAAAGCAGCGUGGCUGGCAGCUUUAAAACUCAAACGCCCGCCGAAGAGAGUUUAUGUUUGCUCUUUUCAUUUCAUUGACAAAAAGCCCACUGAGCUACACCCCGACCCGGAGCUCUAUCUGGGCUGUGACCGGCCAUCACCAAAGAAAAGAAAGCGUGUCAUCCGGACCAUCUGGAGCCGGACAGCCUCCAGCAACAUUAACAAAACGACCGAAUCUGUUCCCGGCUGCGCUGUGGAUGCAGCUUCAGUCAUCCAAGACCAGGCCAGCAUCUCCACACAACCUCCUGAGCCACAUCUGCACUCAGUCCAAACACAGUGGAAGGACCCUUCACAACAUGAUCAUCAAUACUGCAACACGUCCCACAGAAAAGAUGCCCAGGACAAGAUGACUCCGUGUGAUGAAGCUGCAAAUUUUAUUCUUCAAAAUGACGCAGACACUUUGCUGUACACUGGUAUAGCCUUAGAAACAUUUAACACUCUUGUGUCGACACUGGAAGGAUAUGACAACAGUGAAUUUACAAUGCCUGUACGAGAUCAAGUCCUACUGACACUUAUGAAAUUAAAGACUAACCGUGUAAUAGAUGACCUAAGCCGCCAGUUUCAUAUAUCACACAGCAUGGCUAGCAAGAUCAUCUCAUACUGGUUAGACAGACUGGAGGAACUUUUCCGACCAUUAAUUCCAUGGCUGCCAAGAGAAACUAUUCAAGCAACUAUGCCUGCAUCCUUCAAGAAGAACUUUCCAAAUACCACAUGCAUUAUAGACUGCAGUGAGAGCCUUUUACAGAAACCCAAAAAUCUGGGCUCAAGAACAGAAUCAUACAGUCACGAUUCUUCACACAACACAAUCAAAUAUUUGGUUGUUAUUGCACCAUGUGGACUAAUAAUGUUUGUGUCUGCUGCAUAUGAUGGUCGAUGUAGUGACAAAUUUAUCACAAUGGACUCUGGGGUAUUAACAUGCCUGAAACCUGGUGAUGAAGUCAUGGCAGUUAGAGGUUUUACAAUAAAAGACUUGCUCUUUGAGAGAAAAGUUAGCUUAGUAAUUCCUUCUUUCACAAAAAAAUGCGGACAACUAACUGAGGAACAGGAAACAUACACGCGUCAGAUUGCAAAUGUCAGAGUCCAUGUUGAAAGAGCAAUCAGACGUUUGAAAGUCUUCAAAAUACUAUCACAAACUGUUCCUAUCGGCAUGGCUCCUAAAAUAGACAAGAUUCUGAGAGUAUGUGCUGCUCUAGUCAAUUUAAGAGAGGAUCUCAUCCAUGAUACAGAAUCAUUUUGAUGUACAAAUAUGUAGAAUGUAAAUAAUAUCCAGGUCUCCCUUUUUAUCUUUUCUACACAGUGUGAGUAUUUUUGUUUAAAAAAAAAAAAAAAAAGCUUAUGAGAGACAGUUCACAUAUAGUGCAAUCAACUGAACAAUGAAUAUUUUCUUUAUUCAACCACAAAUGGCAACAAAUGGGUUUUCUCAAAAUGACAAAGGUCAGUUGUGCAGUCCUGGCAUUUUAUUAUUGUCUUGGAAGAUUUCAAAAAUAAAGAACUAAUUGCAACA